AUGUCUGGCUUCCCCAUCAUAUUUGAUCUCAAGUACCUGACAGGCGAUCACUUUAGCCCAGAGUUUAUGGAGCGCCGCAGACUAGAGUACAUAUUUGUGGCGUGUGGACUCGUCAGUGUCUCAUUUUUGACAGCCUCCACCAUUUCCUUGAAUGGAUAUCCCGACAUCCCACCCUACAACGUAGCACUCUUGUCCAUGCGUUCUUCGAGUCAACAGAAUGAUCCAAAUGCCCCUGAUUCAGACACCUUCCAGCACGUUCAUAUGCAUCAACAUCUCGCACACCCUCCAGGGCCAGAACCCACACCAGGACUCAUCGAUAACAUCUCAGACACCCUCCUCAAUGCAUUUGCAUGCAUACGCAAGCCUGAUGAACGCUUUCUCAAUACCAGCGAUCCUGACAUGCUCGGCGAUGAAGAGGACAUGUUUGACAGUGUUACUUUGGAGUCCCCUUCGGCACCCUAUGACGCCAAUCACACCAUCCAACCGUCUGGCCCAGGCUUCAAGCAGAGUAUGGCAGGGACAGAGGAUGAACGGAGUCCACACAAUCCAAAGUGGGAGGGGUAUCUCAUUGUUACUGUCAAAGAUCCUGUAAAGGAGCUUGCAGAAACUAAAGACGCAUAUGUCUCCUACCUAGUCUCGGCAAAGGACUUUGUAUUUCUGCGAGACCACCUUGUGAAGGACUUCCCAGCAUGUGCAUUGGCUGCUUUAGAAGUCCAGGACAUCAGACCAUCAGCUUGA